CCUCUGCUCUGCGGCUCAAGCAGCAGCAGAAGAAGAAAAUCAAGAUGGCGGAGCGCGGCUACAGUUUCUCUCUCACCACAUUUAGCCCCUCAGGUAAACUGGUUCAGAUCGAAUAUGCUUUGGCUGCUGUAGCUGCUGGAGCCCCUUCAGUGGGCAUCAAAGCUUCUAAUGGAGUUGUGCUGGCGACUGAGAAGAAACAGAAGUCAAUUUUGUACGAUGAGCAGAGUGUCCACAAAGUGGAGCCCAUCACUAAACAUAUAGGCAUGGUCUACAGUGGGAUGGGACCUGACUACAGGGUUUUAGUGCGACGAGCCCGUAAGCUGGCGCAGCAGUACUACCUGGUGUACCAGGAGCCGAUACCCACAGGCCAACUGGUCCAGAGGGUGGCCUCUGUAAUGCAGGAGUACACACAGUCUGGUGGUGUGCGUCCAUUUGGUGUGUCAUUGCUGAUAGCAGGAUGGGACGAGGAUCACCCCUACUUGUUUCAGUCUGACCCCUCUGGGGCAUAUUUUGCGUGGAAAGCCACAGCUAUGGGAAAGAACUAUGUCAAUGGAAAAACAUUCCUUGAGAAAAGAUACAACAAUGACCUGGAGUUAGAGGAUGCCAUCCACACAGCCAUCCUUACAUUGAAGGAGAGUUUCGAGGGUCAGAUGACAGAGGAGAACAUCGAGGUGGGGAUUUGCAACGAGGCUGGUUUUAAAAGACUCACCCCGGCUGAGGUGAAAGACUACCUGUCUGCCAUCGCAUGAACCCACCCUCCUCGAUGGCCACUUUACAGGACAGAAACUCAGCGGCACAGUAGUCGAAAGUCACGUGGGACAUUUUUGUAAACAAAUUAUUUAGAUACAGUAGUUUGCCUUAACUACAUUACAGUUGAAGUGUUUUUUAUGCUCUACAAACACGGGUUUUCAGUUUGUCACCAAAUGUCAGUGUAUACCAGUUUGCCCAAUGAAAUUGUUGCCACUCAUGAAUACAUUAAUUAAACUGAUUGUAGUUGUGAUGUGACAGAUGAUUAAAAAUGCUGAUUGAAUUUACUCCACAUAUACAAUAGUAAUUAAAAACAAGGCUAUUUGCUACUGUGCUGAAAAAUUCCAGCUCUGAUGAGUAAAAUCUCAAGUCUUUCAUUGAAUCCUCCUUUUUUAUUGCUCAUUAUUGUUGUUAAGGCAGUUUGUGGGGUUUGGAGAUGAAGUGCUGAUUAUCAAUUUUUAGAUUUUUAUUUUAUUUUUUACAUAAAAGUGUGGCGUGUCACCUACUGUUGCACAAAUAGCAAAACAUUUGCAUAAUAGAAAUCAGACUUCAUUUACCAAAGAGCACUUAUUGAAAUCCUGUUAAUCCUCAAAGAGUUUGAAGGUGAAUAAACAAAAAUAAGCAAGGAUAGGAGAAUCUAAUGGACAGGCUUUAGAUUUUCACUCAGGAUCUGUUUCCUGUAACUGAUCUAUUCUUAUUUUUCUGGUGAACAGUUCUUAAAUUUGCAAUUUAUUUUCUGUUUUUUGUCACUUCAAAUAAAAUGUGGUGAGCUGUUGA